AUGGCUUUCAUCUUAGGCUGGAUAUUCAAAACACAACAAGAAGAGCCCCUGGUCUGUGAGAGCCAGCACCAGGAUUUAUGCUUGGAGAAGGGAAGCCAAGAUGACCACAGCCUGGUCUUUGCUGAUCUAACUGUGGGGGAGAUGAUGCAGGUAAAGAGGUACUUGUGGAACAACCUGGGGGUGCUGUUAGUGGAGCCCCCUCAAGCCAAGCCAUCUGACAACUGCAUUUAUUCCAUCAGCCUUCAGCUUCCCCCCAAAGCAGAGGUGCUGGAAUUCCUGGAUCACCAGGGGAGAAAACCUACACGGCAAGCUCUGGCGGUGGUCCACUUUGGAAACCAAGAGGACCCAAACAUCACCGAAUAUGUAGUGGGUCCUCUUCCAAAGCCAACAUCCCACCAAGAUGUCACAGAGCAGAAGUAUGGAGGGAAGCUGCCAUAUUACCGAAGAUUUCCUUUGAGACGUGACCUAGAAUACAUCAAUAUCCUCAUGAGCAAGGACUAUUCAAAAGCUCCAAACUUUAUGCACAGGGUACUUGAGUAUAAUGGAAGCAGCUUUGUGAGGUACCCUGCUCUGCCACCAGGGUUUAAAUCGGGAGACAGGAAAAUCUGGUUGUAUCAUUUCCAGAACGUUUCUGGCUCUUAUUUGCAUCCAGUUGGACUGGAGCUGCAAGUGGAUGUUAGCAGCUUGGAUGCUUCUGAGUGGAAAGUGCUGAACGUGUUCUAUAAUGGGCAGUACUUUGAGGACAUGGAAGACCUUGAAAGACAAUUCAACGAGGGGAGAGUUCAAGUGGCCAAAGUAAAGAAGGCGCCUCUUGAGGGGGGUUACUCAUCCUUGAAACCAAGGGUCCCACCCGAGUGGCCAGGCCCUUUGCAAUAUGAACCUCGUGGUCCACGCUACUGCAUCAGGGACAACCAAGUCACCUUCAUGUCUUGGAGCUUUGCCUUUGGAAUGGAAGUAAACAGAGGGCCACGUAUCUUCGACGUUAGGUUUGAGGGUGAGAGGAUAGUAUACGAGUUAAGUCUGCAAGAUGGUUCUUCCCUCUACGGGUCCAAUAGUCCAGCAACAAUGACUACCAGGUACAUGGACCUAAGCUUUGGCUUUGGGAGAAAUAGCGUCACCCUCACCCAGGGCGUUGAUUGUCCUUACUUAGCUACCUAUUUGGAUGGGCACUAUUUCAUUGAUUAUUCGUCGCCUGUCACCCGCAAAAACUCUAUCUGCAUCUUUGAGCAGAAUGCUGAGUGUCCAAUACGACGCCAUUAUGACCACUCAGGCCCUGCAUUUUACGGAGGGCUGGUUGGUUCAGUUCUGGUCUUCCGAUCCAUUUCCACAGUGGGUAACUAUGACUAUAUUUGGGAUUUUGUGUUUCAUCAGAAUGGAGCUGUUGGCAUCAAGGUGCAUGCCAGUGGGUAUAUUAGGACUUCUUUCUUCUUCGGCGACGCCACAGAUUUUGGGAACAGGGUCGAAGAGUUGACACUGGGAUCAAUGCAUACUCACAAUAUUCAUUACAAAGCGGACUUGGACAUUGGCGCUAUGGCAGGCAAUGGGGAUGACAAGAAGGAUGAGGACAGCACUGUGCCAACGAACCCCGAUCCUAGCCCUUCGGAAGGGAAGUCGACUGGGAAGACGCCCAGUGGAGCAGACUCUGGAUCGUGUUUGGGUACGAAGCCCAAGACUACCCGCUUGAACACCUGGAUUGAGUCUCUGCGUGCUUGGUACCUCUCCAGGGAUGAGACACGGGCUCGGAGGACUGCAGUUCCCGGGACUGGAUUUGAAGAUGAUCCGGCCCGGAAGGAAGCUCUCCUGCUACACCAGAUGGAAGAGGAACGCCAAUGGUAG